UUGCGCUCCAGUUCUUCUUAGGUGGGGGCCGGGUGGGUGAGGACUGGGACCCUAUGCCACGCGCGGCACUCAGAGGAGGGCUGGGGUCCGAGGGCCGCAGCGCGGUCAGUUCCGUCCGGGCUCGAGCUUCCUAGCAUCUCCCUCCCUGGGGGCGGGCCCUGACCCUCGGUGCCGCGACGAGUGGGUGGCCAGAAGCUGGUGGUGGAGAGGGAGAGCGGCUGCAAGGAACGACGAGGCUGGCGCGGGGACCACGCGGCGGAGGCGAUCGAAAGAGAAACGAGGCCAGGCAAGGAGGAGGAAAUCCAGCCGAUGAAGGCGAGCUGCCGCCGAGGAGGGAGGAGGGUCCUUUCGGCUGCCGCUGCUGCUGUUCCGGGACGCCGCCCGGGGAGCCAGCCCGCUCCUAAGAGGGCGAGCGGCGCGGCCACGGAGGCGCCGAGGAGGAGCGAGCCGCCGCCGGGCAGCGGCGUGCCCUCGGGGGAGAGGGCGCCGGAGAGGAGGCGGCGGCGCGGCGGCGAGGGCGCGGCGCGCGAUGGCAGCUGCUUAGCCCGGCGGGCGCGGAGCAGCCCCGAGCUGUGGCUGGCCAGGCGGUGCGGCUGGGCGGGGGACGCCGCCGCCGUUGCUGCCCGGCCCGAAGAGAUGAGCACGGAGGCGGGCGAGGGCAUCACUUUCUCCGUGCCACCCUUCGCCCCCUCGGGCUUCUGCACCAUCCCCGAGGGCGGCAUCUGCAGGAGGGGAGGAGCGGCGGCGGUGGGCGAGGGCGAGGAGCACCAGCUGCCACCGCCGCCGCCGGGCAGCUUCUGGAACGUGGAGAGCGCCGCUGCCCCUGGCAUCGGUUGUCCGGCGGCCACCUCCGCGAGCAGUGCCACCCGAGGCCGGGGCAGCUCUGUUGGCGGGGGCAGCCGACGGACCACGGUGGCAUAUGUGAUCAACGAAGCGAGCCAGGGGCAACUGGUGGUGGCCGAGAGCGAGGCCCUGCAGAGCUUGCGGGAGGCGUGCGAGACAGUGGGCGCCACCCUGGAAACCCUGCAUUUUGGGAAACUCGACUUUGGAGAAACCACCGUGCUGGACCGCUUUUACAAUGCAGAUAUUGCGGUGGUGGAGAUGAGCGAUGCCUUCCGGCAGCCGUCCUUGUUUUACCACCUUGGGGUGAGAGAAAGUUUCAGCAUGGCCAACAACAUCAUCCUGUACUGUGAUACUAACUCGGACUCUCUGCAGUCACUGAAGGAAAUCAUUUGCCAGAAGAAUACUUUUAUCCUCGCUUGGGCAUCAUCCAGGAACCAAGAGAAGAUGUGCACUGGGAACUACACCUUUGUUCCUUACAUGAUAACUCCACAUAACAAAGUCUACUGCUGUGACAGCAGCUUCAUGAAGGGGUUGACAGAGCUCAUGCAACCAAACUUCGAGCUGCUUCUUGGACCCAUCUGCUUACCUCUUGUGGAUCGUUUUAUUCAACUUUUGAAGGUGGCACAAGCUAGUUCUAGCCAGUAUUUCCGGGAAUCUAUACUCAAUGACAUCAGGAAAGCUCGUAAUUUAUACACUGGUAGAGAAUUGGCAGCUGAGUUGGCAAGAAUUCGGCAGCGAGUAGAUAAUAUCGAAGUCUUGACAGCAGAUAUUGUCAUAAAUCUGUUACUUUCCUACAGAGAUAUCCAGGACUAUGAUUCUAUUGUGAAGCUGGUAGAGACUUUAGAAAAACUGCCAACCUUUGAUUUGGCCUCCCAUCACCAUGUGAAGUUUCAUUAUGCAUUUGCACUGAAUAGGAGAAAUCUCCCUGGUGACAGAGCAAAAGCUCUUGAUAUUAUGAUUCCCAUGGUGCAAAGUGAAGGACAAGUUGCUUCAGAUAUGUAUUGCCUAGUUGGUCGAAUCUACAAAGAUAUGUUUUUGGACUCUAAUUUCACGGACACUGAAAGCAGAGACCAUGGAGCUUCUUGGUUCAAAAAGGCAUUUGAAUCUGAGCCAACACUACAGUCAGGAAUUAAUUAUGCGGUCCUCCUCCUGGCAGCUGGGCACCAGUUUGAAUCUUCCUUUGAGCUCCGGAAAGUUGGGGUGAAGCUAAGUAGUCUUCUUGGUAAAAAGGGAAACUUGGAAAAACUCCAGAGCUACUGGGAAGUUGGAUUUUUUCUGGGAGCCAGUGUCCUAGCCAAUGACCAUAUGAGAGUCAUUCAAGCAUCUGAAAAGCUUUUUAAACUGAAGACACCAGCAUGGUACCUCAAGUCUAUUGUAGAGACAAUUUUGAUAUAUAAGCAUUUUGUGAAACUGACCACAGAACAGCCUGUGGCCAAGCAAGAACUUGUGGACUUUUGGAUGGAUUUCCUGGUCGAGGCCACAAAGACAGAUGUUACUGUGGUUAGGUUUCCAGUAUUAAUAUUAGAACCAACCAAAAUCUAUCAACCUUCUUACUUGUCUAUCAACAAUGAAGUUGAGGAAAAGACAAUCUCUAUUUGGCACGUGCUUCCUGAUGACAAGAAAGGUAUACAUGAGUGGAAUUUUAGUGCCUCUUCUGUCAGGGGAGUGAGUAUUUCUAAAUUUGAAGAAAGAUGCUGCUUUCUUUAUGUGCUCCACAAUUCUGAUGAUUUCCAAAUCUAUUUCUGUACAGAACUUCAUUGUAAAAAGUUUUUUGAGAUGGUGAACACCAUUACCGAAGAGAAGGGGAGAAGCACAGAGGAAGGAGACUGUGAAAGUGACUCGCUGGAGUAUGACUAUGAAUACGAUGAAAAUGGUGACAGAGUCGUUUUAGGAAAAGGCACUUACGGGAUAGUCUACGCAGGUCGGGACUUGAGCAACCAAGUCAGAAUUGCUAUUAAGGAAAUCCCAGAGAGAGACAGCAGAUACUCUCAGCCCCUGCAUGAAGAAAUAGCAUUGCAUAAGCACCUGAAGCACAAAAAUAUUGUCCAGUAUCUGGGCUCUUUCAGUGAGAAUGGUUUCAUUAAAAUCUUCAUGGAGCAGGUCCCUGGAGGAAGUCUUUCUGCUCUCCUUCGUUCCAAAUGGGGUCCAUUAAAAGACAAUGAGCAAACAAUUGGCUUUUAUACAAAGCAAAUACUGGAAGGAUUAAAAUAUCUCCAUGACAAUCAGAUAGUUCACCGCGACAUAAAGGGUGACAAUGUGUUGAUUAAUACCUACAGUGGUGUUCUCAAGAUCUCUGACUUCGGGACAUCAAAGAGGCUUGCUGGCAUAAACCCCUGUACUGAAACUUUUACUGGCACCCUCCAGUAUAUGGCACCAGAAAUAAUAGAUAAAGGACCAAGAGGCUACGGAAAAGCAGCAGACAUCUGGUCUCUGGGCUGUACAAUCAUCGAAAUGGCCACAGGAAAACCCCCAUUUUAUGAACUGGGAGAACCACAAGCAGCUAUGUUCAAGGUGGGAAUGUUUAAAGUCCACCCUGAGAUCCCAGAGUCCAUGUCUGCAGAGGCCAAGGCAUUCAUACUGAAAUGUUUUGAACCAGACCCUGACAAGAGAGCCUGUGCUAACGACUUGCUUGUUGAUGAGUUUUUAAAAGUUUCAAGCAAAAAGAAAAAGACACAACCUAAGCUUUCAGCUCUUUCAGCUGGAUCAAAUGCAGAAUAUCUCAGGAGUAUAUCCUUGCCGGUACCUGUGCUGGUGGAGGACACCAGCAGCAGCAGUGAGUACGGCUCAGUUUCACCCGACACGGAGUUGAAAGCGGACCCCUUCUCUUUCAAAACAAGAGCCAAGUCCUGUGGAGAAAGAGAUGUCAAGGGAAUUCGGACACUCUUUUUGGGCAUUCCAGAUGAGAAUUUUGAAGAUCACAGUGCUCCUCCUUCCCCUGAAGAAAAAGAUUCUGGAUUCUUCAUGCUGAGGAAGGACAGUGAGAGGCGAGCUACCCUUCACAGGAUCCUGACGGAAGACCAAGACAAAAUUGUGAGAAACCUAAUGGAAUCUUUAGCUCAGGGGGCUGAAGAACCGAAACUAAAAUGGGAACACAUCACAACCCUCAUUGCAAGCCUCAGAGAAUUUGUGAGAUCCACUGACCGAAAAAUCAUAGCCACCACACUGUCAAAGCUGAAACUGGAGCUGGACUUCGACAGCCACGGCAUUAGCCAAGUCCAGGUGGUACUCUUUGGUUUUCAAGAUGCUGUCAAUAAAGUUCUUCGGAAUCAUAACAUCAAGCCGCACUGGAUGUUUGCCUUAGACAGUAUCAUCCGGAAGGCGGUACAGACAGCCAUUACCAUCCUGGUUCCAGAACUAAGGCCACAUUUCAGCCUUGCAUCUGAGAGUGAUACUGCUGAUCAAGAAGACUUGGAUGUAGAAGAUGACCAUGAAGAACAGCCUUCAAAUCAAACUGUCCGAAGACCUCAGGCUGUCUUUGAAGAUGCCGUGGCUACCUCAGGCGUGAGCACGCUCAGUUCUACUGUGUCUCAUGAUUCCCAGAGUGCUCACCGGUCACUGAAUGUACAGCUUGGAAGGAUGAAAAUAGAAACCAACAGAUUACUGGAAGAAUUGGUUCGGAAAGAGAAAGAAUUACAAGCACUCCUUCAUCGAGCUAUUGAAGAAAAAGACCAAGAAAUUAAACACCUGAAGCUUAAGUCCCAACCCAUAGAAAUUCCUGAAUUGCCUGUAUUUCAUCUAAAUUCUUCUGGCACAAAUACUGAAGAUUCCGAACUUACUGACUGGCUGAGAGUGAAUGGAGCUGAUGAAGACACUAUAAGCCGGUUUUUGGCUGAAGAUUAUACACUAUUGGAUGUUCUCUACUAUGUUACACGUGAUGACUUAAAAUGCUUGCGACUAAGGGGAGGGAUGCUGUGCACACUGUGGAAGGCUAUCAUUGACUUUCGAAACAAACAGACUUGACUGUCGUUCAAUUUAAUCUUCGAUGGAAAUUCUAAAAAUUAAUACAGAGCUGAUCUUCUUGGGUGUGGGAAAAUCGAACGGAGAGGAGAAAGGAGCUGCACUUUAAAUCCAGUAUUUGUUUACUCAUGUUAAAAAAAAAAAACAGACAAAACACACUGAAAUUUCCUAACUACAUCUAUUUCUAUAAUUUUUAAGGACUCUUCAUAAGGACUCUUAAAAUAAUCCUGAACAUUAGAACCCUAAUGUUCAGGAAGAUUUUAAUCUAAGCAUUUUUAUGGAAAUAUUUUUAAUGCAGCAGCUAUUGCACUUCAACCAAAUGUUUAUUUCACACAAAACGGAUGUAACAUUUCAUGUGAUUGUGCACCACUGGAACAAAACCAAAAUGUGACCAUAACUGUUUAGGCUUCUGUGUGUUUGUAAUAUGCUCUAGUAAUCUGAGUAGAAAUACAUAAUUUCAAUUACUGUAUAAAGUUUAUGUUUUUUUAAGUGUGCAGAAUCUGAGAGCAAUGGUUUUUACUUCUCUGUGUUAAUUAUAAUAUUGACUCUAUUUUGUAACUUAAGUUUCUGACCUGUCGUACAUUUGUUUGAGUCGUUUAUGUACUACUGAACUGUACCAGUUGCACAUGCUUGAACCGUAGUAAUGUUAGCUUGUUCUAAAGCUAUCCAUUGUGUCAUAUUUACUUUAAAAAUUAAAGAGACUCUCAACAUACUGUUUUGAUAAA